AGAGAUUAGAUAGCCGGAGGGUGUGCCAAAGACUGCGCGCACUUGUGGGAGGAUGGGUGCAUCAACUUCGCUGCCUUGUGACUGCUCCCGCGGCGUGGCCCGCAUGCUCAACAGAGGUGGAUCCUCAAAAGCCGCUUGUGCUCUUCGGAUAGUACAGAUCACGGAUGUCUAUGUUUUGGACAAUUUUCCUAGUUUGCGUACCCUCAUCCAGGAGAAAGCUCUUGAGUUGGAGCGGAGAUGUGGCGGACAAACCAUAAGCAUGCUCACAGGGGAUUUCUUGGCGCCAUAUUUGCUAUCUUCUAUUGACAUGGGCGUCGGCAUGAUGAAAAUGCUCAAUGGCACCCCCAUCGAUUUUUUGACAUGGGGGAACCACGAGGACGAUAUUCCUCACAAGGAAGUUCUGAAAAGAGAACGAGAGUACACGGGAGUGUGGAUCAACACAAACAUGAAGUCACACGAGUCCUUUGCGAAGUCUACAUGUCAGGUUGAAGAAGAAGUGCUGCAAGUCGUGUCAUUUGAUGGCAGCAACAUGCGCAAGAUAGGUCUCAUUGGUGUGCUGAGCAACUCGCCCAGUCUAUACAGACCUGGUGCGUUUGGUGGUGCCACGAUCGACGACCCCUGGGAGACAAUGUCAACCUACAAGAAGAAACUUGAGCAGGAGCGGGGCUGCGACGUCGUGGUUCCCCUUUGCCAUUUGUACGAGCCACAGGACGAAAGAACUUGCAGAGAAUUUGAUUUUCCUGUAAUUUUGAGUGGCCACGAUCAUCAUGUUGUUGACCGAAUGGUGGAUGGGACUAGGUUGUUGAAGCCGGGGCAGGAUGGCAUCAAGGCAGUUAUCCUUGACCUUUUUUGGCCAAAUGCAUCUUCAAGCUCAGAUCCGGUAAUUGAGUAUGAGAUUGUCACUGUUGCUGAUUGGCCACCUAAUGAAUCCUUGUUGAAGGUUGCGGAGGAAUCCUAUAAAGUAUUGGACCCUUUGCGAAGGACAGAGCUCGCCCAGGUACCAUCCGCCUAUCGCCCAUUGACUUCUGUCCAAGCUCGUGGCCAACGAGUCUCGAUGGGUACGUAUUUGCUCUCAAGAAUACGGGAUGCAAUGAACAUGGAUAUGCCCCUGGGCGAGAGGUAUGUCGACUGUGCCUUGCUAAAGGGAGGGAACAUCCGCGGGGGCCGAGAGUACAAAGACGAUGAGCACAUCAACUUGGAGGUCUUGCAGACCGAGAUUGAAGAGGCAAAGCAAAUCCUUGUGAUUCCGGUUCCCGGCUCUGUUUUGAGAGUCGGUCUCAGGGAGACCUUUGGUGCACCUAACCCUGGUUGGAUGCAGUACGAUGAUGAGGUUGAAUUGGACGAUGAUGGAUAUGUCGUGCAAAUUGCCAAAGAGUCGUUGGAUCUCAACCGGAUUUACAAGGUGGCCAGCAUAGUCGACUUUUGGCGGAAGCGUGACGCUCCUUCAAUUGGUCAGUACUUUGAAGAUCAUCCUGAAGUGCUGCCUGAACCAGACUCUGGAAGGCCGGUGCACGCCCUGCUCCUGAAUUUCUUUGCGAUGCAGCUGUGGGCCCGAAUAUGGAAAGAGCUUGGCCUGAACAGUGGCAAUGAGAGCAUAGAGCCGGAGGCGUUCAGAGCAUUAGAUGCUGACGGUGAUGGUGUUGUGUCGAAGGAUGACCUCAAGAACAGGCUUCAACAGGUUUCUGGGUUCGAGCAUGUUUUCGAGGGCAUGGAUGUCCUCGUUGACAACAUGUUGAGCGAAAUAGCAAAAUUUGGACAGCAGGAUAACGGUCUCAGUGAGGAAGCCAUUCAGGCAGCUGCAAAGCACUGGUCCAGUCGAAGUUUGUCAUCCUUGCUGGAUUCGGAUGAGGAAGGUUCAGAUGGCAAUUGAUAGUUCAGCGCCAAGAUUCCCAGGCAACGAGACUGGGAAAGUUAGGCGUUGGGCCAACAGCUGUGGCAAUUCAUUUAAUUUCUUUCGGUAAGUUUGGCCAGCGAUCUCUUAAAGAGGCCGGCGGCGCCAGAAUCAUUUUGAACAAGAAGAUCUACAACUUAGUUUGUUCAAAAGGCGCAAGAAAAGGCCACUGAACAAACUCAAGGCUCGUGUGCUGAUUUGCUGACUGGCGUUGGAACUCCC